CACUAAAGGGCUCGCAGAGGAGGAGUUUGAGGCUGCUGUUUUGGUGAACGGGAGGCUGGUCGCGCUGCUGGUCUCGAAGCUGCUUGCCUUGGAAGAGCGAGGCGUCGUCGGUGGCACCGACAGGCGAUCGGCGUCGAUUCUGAUGGAGACUUUCCACCCCAGCAAGCUGGAGAAGCACCAUCACCAGCCCGUGGAGUUUUUGCAGGGAGCCAGCAGGUACAGCGCGAAGAGCCACAGCGCCUACGGGAACGCGUUUAACUCGUGGAAUGAUUACCUGGGGCUGGCCACUCUGAUCACCAAAGCUGUGAGCCAGGAGAAGGGCUUCAGGACCGGGCCCUCCUCCGUGGUGGUGGCGGCGACCGUGCAGCAGGUCCAGGCGGCCGAGGAAGGGGAGGAGGAGGAAGACGAAGAGGAGGAGGAGGAGGAGGAGGAGGAAGAAGAAGAAGAUGUGGGGACCCCCUAUUUCGAGAACUCGCUGGAUUUGCACGACUUCGACUUGUGCACCCACCACCACCACCAUCUUAACCAUGGUGAGAGCCUACUGGAAGAGCGCUUUGCCGAUUUCAGCCCUUUCUCUGGGCGCUCUAGCCCAGCCUCUGUUGUGUUCAACUGCUCCGCGGAUCACCUGGAAAGGGAUCGCUCUCCCCAUGCUUGGGGCGGCCGCUUGGUGGUCGACAGUCGGCUUCAGGCUCCCCAGAAAAGCGGCUCCCGGCUGCUGAAGCCGGAAUUGCAAGUCUGCGUCUUCUGCAGGAAUAACAAGGAAGCCGUGGCCCUGUACACCACUCACAUCCUCAAGGGACCCGACGGCCGGGUCUUGUGCCCAGUGCUGCGGAGAUACACGUGUCCGCUGUGCGGAGCGAGCGGGGACAAUGCUCACACGAUCAAGUACUGCCCCUUGUCCAAAAUGCACGGCAGCGCACCCAAACAGCCGCUCAAAAACGCCCGGCAUAUUCUGGGCAAGAAGCUCCGCUAGGGGGAGCGCCUAGAGUCCCUGGGCUUCAUCGUUGGAGUGACUGCGGACACAUUGGAUCAUAAACACACAAAUCUUUUAAUUUGGGGCGGUGGGGGGAGUUCUGCGCGUGUCCGCCCUCUACAGGGGAAAAGAAAGACAUUUCUUUUUGGAUUUUUUUUUUAAAAUAAUUAUCUUAAAUUGAAUGAUGUUUCUCUUUAACACUUAAUAUAUUUAAACAUGAAGACGGUAGAAUGUACAGAGAAAUGGUCUUGAUUUAUGUAUCAAAUAAUCGAGUAUAGUUUAUAGUUUGUAUACGUAGUGGCCAGGAAGUCUGGCCUCUGAAUUAACUCUAUAAGAAUUAUAACAUACCGUUUUAGAGGUACUGUAUUUGUUUAUUGUAAAGCAUAUCAAAUUUUUAAAUGGGACUAGGGUUAUCCUUUAGGUAUAUGCUCUGAUCAGUAUGGCUUUCUUCAAUAUUACAUUCUUGGCUGGAAAGAAAAACUUUCAAGAGGUCCUUGAAAGAGCUCCUCUAGCCAUGAAAGGUGGACUUUGAUGUGUAUGUGACCCCCAAACACUUUUAACUCUUAUCAAAUAGAUGGGCCCUACCUUGGUUCAGGCAAGGCUGAAAGGGUACUGAGGAAUUCAAUGUAUUGGACUGGUAUUUGUUUCUAUUGAUGUCUUCACUAGUUUGUCUAUAAGCAAUAUUGGUUGUACAAGUCCGAACUGGCGGUUACUGUUAUGUUGGGGGGGGGGAUUUCUUAUGGUACAAAAGGAGUUGGUGGUUUUGUAAGUCUUUCAUAUUCAAUCUGGAGUGUGUCUUUUUGUUGCCACUCCUACAAUGAGUUUCUCCAUUGCCUUGUCUUUGCCUUUAUUUUAAAUGCCAGUUAUCUCCCUGUAGCCCAGCUGAUGAUACUUUCUAAUUAACUGGUUGACAGUGGAAGUAAAGGUGUCACAGAGA